GUUGUCAGAAAUCGACUCGCGAAGGAAUUUUCUGUUGAAGUGGUGAUUUUGUGAUAUUGUAGACGAGCUGAUAGUGAAAUUUUUGCAUUAAAUUUUCAUCUCAUUCGCAAAUGCCAUCCGCCACCGUUUUGUAAUAUUUUAAUUUUUCAUUGUCAAAUACGGUCGUUUAAUUCAUGUUUCAAUUCGUGGUUAAUGAGAACAGUGAAAACAAACAUGAAGAACCAAAGGUGCAAUUAAUAACCGAAGGGAGAAAUGUAGCACAUGUGCUAAACCUCAGUAAAGCAAAAUAUUAAGCAUAGGAUACUAAAGUAAUAUUACUCAACGAAUAGUAGUAAUGGAGUGUCAAUCGGUUAAUCAAAUGUUGCAUUGUUACAGUUGAUAAGCAGUCUAGAAGAUAUUAUCAGAAUAACGUGAAAGUGUGAUGAUGGAGUAGUGUUAAUGGGUAUCGUUGUUUGCAAAUGUGAUGAUUAUUUUCACAGUUUGUAAGUUGCAAAACUAAGUAAAAAACAAGAUCUACAAAAAAUCGCGUUUGAAGUUUAACGUCCAAGUUUCAAUGGAGAUCAUUUAGCAGUGCUGCAGUAGCGAAGCAACAUAAAACAAAGGGCCACAUUUGCGGCAUUGCAACGCAGAAAAAUGGGAGCGAAGGAUUCUAAACCAUCUUGCAUCAGCUAUGAAGAAGCGGUCAAACGAGUCACGGAUCCAGAGUUGCGACGAAUCAAGGACGCCUUCAAAAGAUCAGCUGGCACUAGCGGUACGGUUCUCAGUAAAAGCGCCUUCGUGCAGGAUGUCCUCGGCGAUGGUGUUCCGUCGGUGGUGGCCGAUUGGCUUUACGCGGCUUGUGGCGGUACAACAAAAGGGAUCACCUUUAAGGAACUGCUCUGUGGGCUAGUGCUGCUCACAAGAGGAACCCAAGAGGAAAAAAUAAGAUUCCUAUGGAAUUUGUACUGCAAUGAACCAGGCACUCACAUCAUAAAACAAGAUUUCCUGAAGGCCAUUCAAAUCGAAACCACGUACCAAAGCAACGUACUGAAUACGACGACCACCAGCAAUAGUAGUAUUUGCAAUAGUAGCAACAGCACAAUCGUUAGCAACAACAACAACAAUCAAGUGAGCAAAACCAACAGCUUACCCAAAUAUACAGUUGCAUUGUUCGGACUAAGCGAUCGGGUCACCUUCGAACAGUUCAAAUCGUGGAUCCAAAUAUACAAAGGUGCGACAGUACUAUCAAAAUGGCUUCUUCAGGAUGCGUGUGUCAAUCUCAGCUCGGAACUGGAAACACCCACCUUUUAUCAGAGUUUGGCUGGAGUUACUCAUUUGGAGGAGCAAGAUAUAGGGGACUUGGAGAAAGUAUUUUGGUUGUUAAAAGGGUUGGCAUUUACCGGGCAGUUGGACUUAGAAUCACUUGGUCCACUAAUCAGCCCCCCCGUUCCGAAAGCUGCACUUGGAGGGGUAUUUCUAGCGUUCGAUGAAAACCACGAUGGUCACAUUGAUUUCAAAGAGCUGUGCUGCGGUGUGAGUGCAGCUUGUCGAGGACCGAAUGUGGAAAGGAGCAAGUUUUGUUUUAAAGUAUUCGAUAUCGAUCGUGAUGGAGUUCUAAAUUUUGGGGAGGUUGGUAAAAUGGUGGACAUUUUAUUGUUUGUAGCUAAAGAAACAAAUGCGUCGUGUUACAAAAACUUGACUCGAAAGCAAAUUAUGGAGGAGUUGUAUCAACGAACCAAAGAGCUAUGCAUGGGAAGUAAUGGAACUGUUCGAGAAUGUCCAGCGAUUACUGAUCCAUUUCCGGAGUUUAAGUUUACACAAGAGGAUUUCCUGAUAUGGAGUAUAGAGAGUACCACGAACCUGGUUCAACCGUUCCUAGAUCUUCUGUUUGAAGUUUGUCAUAUCGUGUUGGGAUUACGACCACAAUGCAAACAUUUAGAAGGUGAUAUUGUUAAAGGUUGGUUGGCCCGAGAGGUGCGUAGGGGUUACAAAGUUGGUCAGUUUUGGUACUUGAUAUCGUCAGAUUGGUGGCAUCAUUGGUCGCAAUAUAUUCAACCGUCGGCGAACUCUUCAUGUGUACAUUGUAAAAUUGCAUCGAGCUAUGCGAUUAAUAGAAACAAUGCAGCUUCUUCAGUAGCAGGAGUUGAUGAAGCAAUAAUAUGCGAUGAAAGUUUUACAUCUAACUCGACGGAAAGCAUGGGAGAUUUACUUAAUACUGGCGAUUCGUCUAGUCUGGGUUCGGGAAGUAGCGGAAUUUCAUGUGGUAGACACCCGGGUAGUCCACCCGGAAUGAUAGACAACCAAAGCUUGAUUGCACCUAUUUUAUACAAACAAAUUCCUACGUUGACGGGAGAAGGUGGUAGAUUGAAACGGGACUUGACCCUCGUUCAACAUAGAGAUUUCGAAUUAGUCCCGGAUUCUCUAUGGAAGGCUCUUUCCCAGUGGUAUAGCGGCCCUCUACCUUUACCGAGACAGGUUAUUCAACCGCUCAACACAGGUGAUGUAGAAUUGGAACUGUAUCCCUUAAACUUAAGAAUACUUCGUCAUCAGAUUCCACCUCCUCAGCAACAACAGAAUAACAACAGUGCUUGGAAUAAUAUUUCCGGCGGAUACGGUGCACUAACGAGCGGUAGCUACUCGAGCACAUCUGUUACAAAUGCUCUACAGCCACCAAAAAAAUAUCUCGCUUAUACAGCAGCAUUUAGUAGGCUUGCCACUGUCAAACAAGUUGCUGAAUUUCUGUGCCAAAGACUAAAACUACGAGUGGAAGAUAUCCGGCUCUGGCAUUUGGCGCCCAUCCCAACCGGUGUAACUGAAUUUCCAUACCUUUUGGAAGAAGACAAUAACACACUACAAGAACUUUCCAUCGGAGAUAACGAUCAGCUGCUACUAGAAAUCCGUAACAAAGACCUUACAUGGCCUGAGGAACUCGGCUCUCUCACAAUUGCUCACAGCAACAGCCAUAACAAUCUGGAACGACGUGGCACUAUUGCUUCUAUCCAAUCUCAACAUCCACCGGGUGCUACCGGCCUGCAUAACUUAGGAAACACGUGCUUUAUGAACGCAGCUCUGCAAGUUCUAUUCAACACACAGCCCUUAACUCAGUAUUUUAUUAGACGGAUGCAUAUGUUCGAACUAAAUAUGGCCAAUAAACUUGGCACUAAGGGACAACUUGCAAUGCGGUAUGCCGAACUACUUCGAGAAGUGUGGACAGCAUCUCAGCGAUCGAUUGCACCAUUAAAACUACGCUUCUGUGUCACCAAACAUGCCCCGCAGUUUUCUGGUGGAGGUCAACACGAUUCACAGGAACUAUUGGAUUGGCUACUGGACGCCCUUCACGAGGAUCUGAACCGAGUUAUGGAAAAACCGUACAGCGAAUUGAAGGACUCGGAUGGCCGAGCGGAUGUUGUGGUUGCCGCUGAGGCUUGGAAUCAACACCAUGCGCGAAAUCAAAGUAUUAUUGUGGAUCUGUUCUACGGUCAGCUAAAGUCAAAGGUGACUUGUACGGGUUGCGGUCGCGAUUCCGUUCGGUUUGAUCCGUUCAGUUUGCUCAGUUUACCACUGCCAGUGGAGAACUAUACCUACUGUGAAGUUUUAGUUAUGAUGUUGGAUGGAUCUGUACCGGUAAAGUACGGCUUAAGACUGAACUCGGAGAUGAAGUAUUGGGAUUUGAAAAAUCAAUUGAGUGAACUCUGCGCCCUCGAUCCGGAGUUGAUGCUCAUCUGUGAGUUAUCCAAUUCACAAAUACGAUGUAUCCUGGCCAACGAGAAGAAAAUAGAACCCAGUACGGCUUGUGAAUUAUACGUGUACGAAUUACCUAAAUUCGACAAUAUCCUGGUACGAUCUCGGGCCGGCUCGGAAUUGGCCAUCAACAUCGAGAAGGGCCUAAAAGACAUUCAGCGAACGCCAGCUCUUCUACUACCAUCGAUAGAACCGAACCAUUUGACGACCACGUCCGUAAACACGACAAUUUCUUCGUCGUCCAACUCGUCGUCAACAACAGUGGACGAUACGGUAGCCAUAACUGGUCGUCGAUCCGGUCCUGACAAUCCAGCGAAACUUGGUGUCGGUUCUGGCGGAACGGCCAUCAUUGGCAGUAACAAUCGUAAAGCAUCCGCAUCGACAGCGGCGGCAUCGAAGGUAAGCCGGUGCUUUGGCAACACACUCUGCAUGCCUCCGAAUAUGUUGUGCUUCAAGCACAUCCCCGAAAUUAGUGCCAGUCCGGAUAGUACCUUUAUCUUCAGUGAAACCACCCAGUACACGCAAUACAAGGACCAAAGCCGUAAAACUGUAUCGACGACGAACCUGUUGAACAAUGUCGACAGUAGUUGGAAUGCAUCCGCAACAGGACAUGACGAGCAGGAAAUGCCCUGCAAUGAUUGUGAUAUUAUCUAUAACGGACAUGGGACCAUGAAUUCAUACGCCGACGUAAACACCUAUCUUCAGCAACACCCCCACAAAUCUCAACAGCAUCAAUCCGGAGAUUCAUACAUUUUAAGUGCAAUUAAACGACCACCGAGUGCAGGCAGUGGAAAUGUAAGCGGAAUGUACCAUCAACAAAAAGGCAACUAUCUGAUAGCAGUUCAUCGGAAACUAAGCAGGCAAGACACGUAUUUCCUCUCACAUCAUAAAUCCCGACCGGGUUUGUUCGGGGUACCUCUGCUAAUACCGUGUUACGAGGGUGUGACCAAUAAGGAACUAUAUUGUUCAGUUUGGCUACAAGUAGCAAGGUUGUUGAGUCCUCUACCACCAACACCGCCGGAUCAAUCGAAUCAUGCAACUGACUGUGAUGAUAGCUUGGGAUAUGACUUUCCAUUUAUAUUGAGAGCAGUGGCCAGCGGAGGUCGCAUUUGUGCUCUUUGUCCGUGGUCACGGUUUUGUCGUGGCUGUGAAAUCCCUUGCAAUGAUGAGCCACUUCUUCAGGGCCUAACCUCUUCAGGGCGAUAUUCAAGUAACAACUCAACACCAAAUCUUUCCUCACGUGAGCAGACACCGACAUUCCGGCGGAAAACGUACGGAAACUCAACAACAUCGUCACUAGAUGGUGUGCAAUCGUCUCCCACACCUUCGCUACGAUCCAUCAACACCAACAAUAUACAGAUUGCCAUCGAUUGGGAUCCAACGGCGCUACAUCUACGGUAUCAAAGCACUCGUGAACGGCUAUGGACAGAACAUGAAUCUGUGGCUAUUUGCCGAAAGCAACAAACUGAACCCGUUGAUCUAGACCACUGUCUUCGUGCAUUUACAUCGGAGGAAAAAUUAGAACAAUGGUAUCACUGCUCGCAUUGUAAGCAAAAGAAACCUGCUACCAAGAAAUUGCAGAUUUGGAAACUUCCACCAGUGUUGAUUGUUCACCUGAAGCGUUUCAACUUCGUGAACAAUAAAUGGGUCAAGUCACAAAAGGUGGUCAACUUCCCUUACGACGAUUUUGAUCCUACACCAUACCUAGCUUCGGUACCUCAGGAAACUAUCCUACGACACAAGGAACUUUUGGACGGAGGAGGAACCUACGAUGUCCGAAAUCACGACUGUCACGAAGAAAUUGUUGAAUUUGAUCGAGAAAUGUCGAUGAUCGAUGAGGUGAGUGACGAAGUAUCCAUCUCCUCGAUAACGGGCGAAGUCAGAGAAGACAGUGACGGAGAAGAUGUGAAAGAUAUGCAAGAUGACAUCAAUGGUAUUACGCCAGCUGUUAUCGGUAGUCAACCAGUAACAAUAACACGACAAGAUGGUGCUUCCGGAGAUGGCAGUCCCAACAAAGGUAGAGGACGUUUAAGUAUAAAAUCCAAAGGACAGCGAAAACGACUGGUUUCGUCUAGCUUAACAAAAACGCCAGUCAUCGAUGGGCAGUUUACAGAUUUCCACAAACACCACCUUAAACCAGAGCGGGACCGACUCGAUUUGAAAUAUCAACUGUAUGCUGCUGUAUGCCAUUCUGGAAUGUUAAAUGGUGGACACUACAUUUCGUACGCGGCCAACCCAAACGGUUCGUGGUAUUGUUACAACGAUAGCUCCUGUCGGGAGAUUCCCAGUCGACCAAAGAUCGAUCCCAGUACAGCGUAUUUGUUGUUCUACGAACGACGCGAUCUGGACUAUGAUCCUUACUUGCCGAAAGUGGACGGAAAACAGAUUCCUCCGGAACAUUUGGCUGAUUUCGACGAGAGCGAGAAUGAACUAAAGAAAAUGUGUACGAUUAUGUAGAAGUUAGCCCCGGCGCUCACCGGCCCCGUUCGUGGCCUCGGCGCAUCUACGCUAGGUAAAUUAUUCAACUUCUCGUUGCCUUCUGGUAAUUAGAUUGCACCCAACAAUCAUGAUGACGUUCCAUUCAUCGCGGAUGCCAACGCAGAAGAUAUCGCUAUAUCCGUUGAAAACGGUCCAAGAUCUGUUCUUUCUACCCCAACUGCUGUGCGCCUUUAAUUCGUUUGUAUAUUAGUUUUGUUAUGCAUUAUGCUGAUGAUAACAAGCUAGGUAAUACUAAGCUUUGAAAAAUGAUUUUUUUCCUCUAGCUAGAUACUAUUUCUAAACGCUUCGUUUUAAAGCUCAUCAAUCAAAUUCUCCAUACAUUCUCUCAUAAGAAGUAAUUUGUUAUUAUUCUGUAUAUAAAAAAAUGAUACUUUUAAUAACUGCAUAGUGAUGGUUCAUGCGAAUUAAAUAAUAAAUGCAAGAUGGUUAUCUUGCUGUAGCGUUUUAGUGUCAACAUUAGCUUUAUUAAUGUGUUAAGCGAACUACUAGAUUAAUCAGUCAGAUGAAAAAUGUCUAAAAUGAUCGUAGAAAAACAGUUGUGCAUGUAAAUGACGAAACAUUCCGAUUUAUUAGUGGUAGAAAUAUGCGAAAACGGCCUUUGCUAUAUAAUCGAUGUAGUAAAUAAACGUGCAAACUAAGUUAUAUAGAUAUGGUAAUUCAAUUAGGCGUAUCAUCUUGGCAGUGACGAUAAGAUUCCGAUUUCGAAGUAUUGGAUAACGGUAAAAGUCAGUCAAAAUGAUGAAUCCGUUUCCUUUUGAUAUUAAUAAACUUAAAAAUAUAAACUUUAUUUAAUUUAAACUACUCAAAACUCACGUACACACAACUUUCGUUAUACUUAUAUCUUGUCGGAUGUUUUGUUUUUAUUACGUUUCAUUAUUUUCAUCCACUAUUUAAUAUGGAAUUUAUUACGUUUCACCUUUAAAAUGUUGUUUUGGUUAGAUUACCGUUAUUAUAUCAGUUGUAAUUAAAUAUUACGUAAUUCCCGUUAUUUGUCGUAUUACUCAUGAUCACUAAUAACUGCUUAUUCUUAUUAUUAGUUUACUUCUGUUACGUGUCAAAUGUGACUUGGUUGAAGCAAUAUUAAAUAUUGAU